GGGACCUUCUUGUGUGUCUCUUGCACACAAGAAGAAUUAAGAAAAAACUUUAAUUUCAAAACAUAUGUGCAAAAUUCAAAAUUUCCCGGGCUGCAGCGCAUGUGUCAGCAGAGCAACGUCCACGUCAUAGCAGAAGUAACUACACAGGGGUGUCUGUAGGUUCACAAACAAGAACAGUUUUUGGAAUAGCACAGUUAACUGAGUCUCGCGUAAUGUCACCCUAGUGCUCCGAGACGACUCGCAUAUCCAAAUGAUGGUUACAUAGUGUUUAAUGCAACCAGCUUUUCGUUUACGAGGACUAUGUAAACACUGAGCUGUGCCUUGUCGGAUUCGGGUUGUCCAGGAUGGCGUGCCCGACGCAAUUCCUCUGCAAGGCACUGCGCACCGUGGGCCUGGUGCUUUUCUACUAUGUGUUUUCCAUUGGCAUAACAUUCUACAACAAGUGGCUCAUGAAGGACUUCCACUUUCCUCUGUUCAUGACGCUGGUGCAUCUCGUAAUAAUUUUCUGUUUCUCCACACUGACACGCUUUGCCAUGCAGUGCUGGAUGGGAAAGCCUCGAGUGAUCCUUCCCUGGAAGGUUUACCUUUCUAAAGUGGCCCCAACAGCCCUGGCGACAGCGCUGGAUAUCGGAUUGUCCAACUGGAGCUUCCUUUUCAUCACUAUUAGUUUGUACACCAUGACCAAGUCUUCAGCUGUUCUCUUCAUUCUCUUUUUCUCUCUGGUCUUCAAACUUGAGGAGCCGAACCCAUUCCUGAUCCUCGUGGUGUUGCUGAUAGCCAGUGGUCUGUUCAUGUUCACUUUGAAGUCCACUCAGUUUAAUCUGGAGGGUUUCAUCAUGGUCCUACUGGCCUCUUUUAUCGGAGGGAUCCGCUGGACUCUCACUCAAGUGCUCAUGCAGAAAGCAGAGCUUGGCCUUCAGAACCCCAUAGACACCAUGUAUCAUCUACAGCCUCUCAUGUUCCUGGGCCUCUUUCCUCUAUUUCUUUUUAAUGAGGGGCUGAGUGUGAGUACCACAGAGAAGCUCUUCAGGGUCAGUGAGCUUUCCCACCUUCUCUACUCACUGGUGACACUGUCUGUGGGUGGUAUGCUGGCAUUUGGUCUGGGCUUCUCAGAGUUCCUGCUGGUGUCUCGCACGUCCAGUCUCACGCUAUCUAUUGCAGGCAUUUUUAAGGAGGUGUGCACUCUGCUGCUGGCAGUGGAGUUCAUGGGGGAUAGAAUGAGCACAGUCAACUGGUUGGGCUUUGCUGUGUGUCUGUCUGGCAUAUCACUUCAUGUUGGCCUUAAAACAUACUAUAACAAAGGAAAUGGCCACAUGGUAAGACAACUACCAGUCAGAGACAACCCAGACCUUGAGCUUCCACUUCUACAGACAAAAGAUGACUAUUGUGAAGACACAAAUGAUGAAGAAGAGCAUGAGAUUCUUUAUUAGUUCAAGGACGACAUGAAUGUCCUAAAUAGACUUGUGGAAUGUUUUCCCAUAAAGGCUUAUAUAAAUGGUCACAUUGACCACAGGUACUUAUCUAGCCCCAGACAUGAUAUGAGCUUAUAAAGACAUUGAGCAGCUAAUGUACUGGGGUAUAUCUUUGUUGUUGAUCUCUCUUAGACAAAGAGAAACCUUUUGCUUUUAGGAAGACAGGACUCUAAAAGCAACUGGGUGGGUUAGUUCACCCAAACAUUUUACUUCAGUCUUCAUUUACUCACCCUCAUGCCACCCCAAACCUCUAUGACAUUUUUUUUUUUCUCUCUUGGACCACAAAAGGAAUGUCUUCCAUAAAAUAAAAGUGUAAGGAGAUGCAGGGCUACCAAGCCCGAAAAAAAAAGAUAAAAUGAUAAUUUAUCUAAUGUAAAGUCAUAUGGGUUUUGGAAGACAUGUGGGUAAGUAAAUUUGACAGAAUUUUAAUUUAUAGGUGAAAUAUAACUUCAGAAAACUGCUAGUGGCUUCGAUUUAAGCACAGGACCAAUCUCCAAGUGGCCUUACGUAUUUGUUUACAUGACAAUAAAGAAUUUAUUUUACUAAAUAUCAAUUUCCCACAAUAACCAUUUCACUAAUUAAGACACAGAAUGUGAGUGAAUUACUUGUUUGUUUGUUUUUUAAUAAAAUGAAUGAACUUUUUCUUCCA